AUGUCGAACCGUCUGUCGUUACACGACCUUAAGGAGGACAAGAAGAUCCUCGAUCAACUCAACAACAAGGAGCAGUCGCCUGAAGUCACGCCCGAAAUGUUCUUCAAUACUCCCGAAGAUAAGAUGCAGCUGAGCGAAAACGAGCUGAGGGUGCUUGAACUUGAUGCGGAGAACGCAAGUCUUAAAUCCCAGCUGCUCGAGUUGAAUAAGGCCCUAACCGACACGGAAAGGAACCUCCAUAGCCAUGAACGGCAGCUGCACCAGGCCAGGAAGGAUCUCAGUGAGAGUAAGAAAAGAGGCAAAAGACACCAGCGCAACCUCAAAAGUGCGGAGAGGGAGGUCUCACAACUGAGAGGGAGAUCUGCCAAGCAGGAAGCGCUGGUCCACGAGGCCCGCGAGAUAUGUCGCGAGUUCAGCCAGGAUCCACAGCACCGCGAAAUGACCAUGGCACAGUUGCAAGCACAGGCCCUUGAAUCCAGCCAAAGCGUAGAAUACUUCAAGCGCCAGAUCCACAGAGACAUCAAUACCGACAGCUAUUCCACGGAUGACGAGAGUUUGGAAGGAUUAAAGGAGUCCCUGAAGGAAGAAAACUCGUAUCUGAAAGAAAAGCUCCGCCGAGCGGUGCGGAUGGCGACUGAUCAGGACCAACAGAUAGAACGAACCAUGAAGUUCAUGGCCGAGCAGGGACUCGCUAAAGACACGAAGAAGUCGCACAAAAAACACAAUAAGAAGAACAAUAACCUAGGAGACGAAGAAAUGGUUGACAUCUCAGACCCGAAGAGUCAGAGUAAAGCUCUGCAGGGAUUCAGCCAAAAGCUGGCGGCCUUCACGGCCUACGCGAAUUCAAUCCCAGAAUUCGACUCGGACAUAAGAAUGCACGAAGACCCAGUCUUCCAGACUGGCCCCUCGAAUAAAUGGUGGAAGGGGGGGAUUCCUGACCACAGGACCAAGAAAAUGAACGCAACGCCGCCGCAUGGUUGGCACAACAGACAUCUUGAUUUUCGUGAGAAAAGGCCAGAGGAGGAGGACGUCAACGAGUGGCUUGAUGGGGCCGGGGAACUGAAGGUCAAGGAGGUUUGCCUCCCACCGCCGACUCCCACUGAGCCCCAGUGCCAGCUAAGAUCUCGCAAACGGGGCUUCGCUGCCCUGGGCCUGGACGAUGUGGCCAUGGUAACAGACGCCGUGGCCGAGGUGAAGGACAACUUCAAACGGCUGCGUUUGGCCGACAUUGGUAGCACCCACACCUGGCCGUCUGAAAAGCCGGACAGCGGGUUCAUGACACUUGCGAAGAUGCUGGACGACAUGGACGUCUCGCGGCGCUAUCUCGAGGAGGUGACUCCGGAGACGGCGCUGGAGCACUUCCUGCUCAUCAUCCAGGACGCGAUGAAGGCCAAGAUGAAUCGAACGCCAUCGAUCGAGGAGCUCCUCCAGCAAGUGGUCUUGUACUUGCAGGAGUCCUCCAAGGAGGCUCAGGCCUCCCAGCAAGCCCAGCAAGCCGAGGCCAUGUCAGCGCAACCGCGCCCGCCACCCCUGGUCCCCAAGGCGCGCAUUAUCUCAAUCCAGCCGCCCGCCGAGCAGGCCUCGGCGGCCCCGGCCCGGUUCCUGUCGCGCGAGAAGACGCGCUACGUCGGCCCCAGCUACCUCCCGCCCAAACACAAGCCCACCCCGCUGCGCUACAGCUUCCCCCCGACCGCCAAGGAGUGGACCAACCUCUCCGCGAACAUAGACUUCAAGACGGAGCUCGACGUCCAGAACCCCAAGCUCACGGAACCCCAGGAGUACACCCUCCACCCCACAGAGCCCCCGCGCGACUUCCGGAAGUUCGGCGGCGCCCUCGACUUCAAGCCGCCCAGUCGCUCCGGUACGUUCACCUACACCUACGUCAGCGUCUUCGCGGCUGUCUGCGCUUUAACCUACAUCUGCGCGAGCCGGUUGCUCAGCGGCACUCUGGGUCCCGGUGAGAGCUCGCUCUGGAUCCACUCCAACGAGGUGCCCCUGGAGCUCUUACGCCUCAUGCGCAGCAGCCAGAUCCCGCACGACAGUUACAUGCAGCUCGUGCAGUAUGGGGCGGCGAAGCUGGCGGAUAUUAAUCCAGGGAUGUUGGGCUGA